UUUCAAUCUUGGUGGUUUUUCUUGUUUAUUUUCUAGUGAUUUUUGUUGAGAUCACAUAAGGGUUUUUUUGUAAAUUUGCAAUCUUGGUGGUUUUUGGUUCAUUUCCUGGUGAUAUUUGGAGUUGGGUUUUUUUCAUAUGAUCUUGAUUUUGUUUUCCCUCUGUUCUUGUUGAUAGUUCUAAACUCAAUUCUUUUCUCAUUCGAAAAAAGCCCCCUUUUUCGAUAAUGAUGGAUCCGAAUUCCAUUUCGGAAAUCAACGAAAACCCUUACAUUACAAAGAACCCUUCUUCCCAAAGAAGCAUUUCCUCAGUCCAAUCAAUUCAGACAACUUCCUCCACCGAGCUGGGGGGGCCGAAACCCCUCCGAUACGGCUCAGUGGGUCCCGAUUCCAUGCGUCUUAGCACCUCUUACAGAGACAUAAACGAAGAAGAAGCAAGAUUAGUCUACGUAAACGACCCCCACAGAACGAAUUCCAGUUUCCAAUUUGCCGGAAACUCGAUAAAAACAUCCAAAUACUCAAUCUUGACUUUCUUGCCCCGUAAUUUGUUCGAACAGUUUCGUCGAAUCGCCUACCUGUACUUUCUAGUCAUCGCCAUUCUCAACCAGCUUCCUCAACUAGCGGUCUUCGGUCGAGGAGCUUCCAUUCUGCCGCUAGCGUUCGUCCUCUUAGUGACAGCUGUCAAGGACCUGUACGAGGAUUACAGGCGCCACCGUUCGGACAAGAUCGAGAACAACCAUUUGUCCAUGGUUUUAUCAAGUGAAAGCAGCAACAACUUUCAGUCCAAGAAAUGGAAGCAUAUUCGUGUGGGUGAUAUCAUCAAAGUAUCGGAAAACGAAUCGAUCCCUUGCGAUAUGGUACUGCUCUCCACAAGCGACCCCACCGGAGUUGCCUACAUACAGACAACAAAUUUGGAUGGCGAAUCGAAUUUAAAGACACGGUACGCAAAACAAGAAACUCAAACCCGAAAUCUUGAAAAUGGGGAUAUCGGGGUAAUCGUUAUAAAGUGCGAAAAGCCGAACAGGAAUAUAUACGGGUUCCAAGCGAACAUGGAUUUCGAAGGCAAACGUGUUUCGCUCGGUCCGUCUAAUAUAGUCCUACGUGGAUGUGAAUUGAGGAACACUAAAUCGGCUAUCGGUGUUGCGGUUUACACCGGCAAAGAAACCAAAGCAAUGCUCAACAACUCAGGUGCUCCGUCGAAGAGGAGCCGCCUCGAAACUCGUAUGAAUCGAGAAAUAAUUUACCUUUCAAUUUUUUUGGUCACCCUUUGCACCGUAGUUUGUAUAAGUCACGGUGUUUGGUUGAUAAAGCACAAAGAUGAGUUGGAUUUGAUACAGUUUUAUCGAAAAAAGGAUUAUUCGGGAAGUGAAGUGGAGAAUUACGAGUACUACGGUUGGGGAAUGGAGAUAUUCUUUGUGUUUCUUAUGUCGGUUAUUGUGUUCCAAGUUAUGAUUCCGAUAUCUUUGUAUAUAUCGAUGGAGCUCGUUCGUGUGGGCCAGGCUUAUUUUAUGAUCCAAGAUGAUCGGAUGUUUGACGAGGCUACUAACUCGAGGUUUCAGUGUAGGGCGUUGAAUAUAAACGAGGAUUUAGGACAGAUUAAAUAUGUGUUUUCGGAUAAAACGGGGACUUUGACCGAGAAUAAAAUGGAGUUUCAGUGUGCAAGCAUCGGUGGAGUGGAUUACGAUAAUGGGAAGGCUAGUUGUGAAGAUGGUGGAAUCGAGUACUCGUCGGUGCAAGUUGAUGGGGUUACUUUGAGGCCGAAAAUGAGUGUAAAAGUCGAUAUUGAGCUUCUCAAUUUGUCGAAAACAAAAGACACGGAUGAAGGCAAACACGUUCGCGAUUUUUUCUUGGCAUUAGCUACUUGCAAUACGAUUGUGCCGCUAACAAUCGAGAGUUCCGAUCCAGCUGUCAAAUUGAUAGAGUAUCAAGGGGAGUCUCCCGAUGAACAGGCAUUGGUAUAUGCUGCUGCUUCGUACGGUUUUAUGCUUAUCGAACGAACUUCGGGUCACAUUGUUGUUGAUAUUCAAGGCGAAAGGCAAAGGUUCAACGUGUUAGGCAUGCACGAAUUCGACAGCGACAGAAAACGCAUGUCCGUAAUCCUAGGUCUCCCCGACAACACAGUCAAACUCUACGUAAAAGGCGCCGACACCUCAAUGUUCAACGUACUCAACAACUCCUCAAACACAACAAACAAAAACCUAACAAAACCAACUCAAGCCCAUCUCCACUCCUACUCCUCAAAGGGUCUACGCACGCUCGUAAUCGCCGCACGCGAACUAACCCUGUCCGAAUUCCAACACUGGCAAUCCUCGUACGAGUCGGCGAACAAUGCCCUAAUGGGCCGAUCCAAUUUACUUCGUAAAAUCGCAAUUAGUAUCGAAAAUAAUCUCGGCUUGUUAGGUGCGUCGGGGAUUGAGGAUAAGUUGCAGGAAGGCGUGCCGGAAGCUAUCGAGUCUUUGAGAACGGCCGGUAUUAAAGUGUGGGUUUUGACCGGGGAUAAGCAAGAAACGGCUGUUUCGAUCGGAUACUCUUCGAAGCUCUUGACCAACGAGAUGACUCGGAUAGUUAUUAAUAAUAACUCGAAGGAUUCCUGUAAGAGGAGCUUGGAAGAUGCUUUGGGAGUGUGUAAGAAGGUCAAAAACGGUGUCUCGGGUACUAUUAAUAGUCAGCUUGCAUUGAUUAUUGAUGGAUCGAGCCUUGUUUAUGUGCUGGAUACUGAACUUGAGGAACAGCUAUUCGAAUUAGCUAGCAAAUGCGAUGUGGUGUUGUGUUGUCGUGUGGCUCCGUUGCAAAAAGCUGGAAUUGUUGCACUGAUUAAGAAAAGAACUGAUGACAUGACACUUGCAAUUGGUGACGGAGCGAACGAUGUUUCGAUGAUUCAAAGAGCUGAUGUGGGUAUCGGAAUAAGUGGACAAGAGGGAAGGCAAGCCGUAAUGGCGUCCGAUUUCGCAAUGGGCCAAUUCCGAUUUUUGGUGCCGUUAUUAUUGGUGCACGGGCACUGGAAUUAUCAACGUAUGAGUUACAUGAUUUUGUACAACUUCUACCGAAAUGCCGUUUUUGUUCUCAUUUUAUUCUGGUACGUACUCUUCACGGGUUUCACAUUAACAACCGCAAUAACCGACUGGAGCAGUAUGUUAUACUCGAUAAUAUACACGUCAUUGCCCACAAUAGUUGUCGGAAUUCUCGACAAGGAUCUAAGCAGAGCCACUCUUCUAAAGCACCCUCAGCUUUACGGAGCUGGACAAAGAAACGAGAGCUACAACGGCAAAUUAUUUUGGGUGACGAUAUUCGACACUUUGUGGCAAAGUAUAGCCGUCUUUUUCGUACCGCUCGUUGCUUAUUGGGCAAGCAAUGUUGACGGUUCAAGUUUAGGAGAUCUUUGGACUAUUGCGGUUGUCGUUUUGGUCAAUGUGCAUUUGGCGAUGGAUUUAUUUAGGUGGUAUUGGAUUACUCAUGCAGCCAUUUGGGGUUCGAUUAUUGCGACUUUCGUUUGCGUUAUGGUGAUUGAUGCUUUGCCCUUUCUUCCCGGUUAUUGGGCGUUCUUUCACAUAGCCGAUACGAAAUUAUUUUGGAUGUGCUUGCUUGGAAUCACUAUAGGAGCAUUAAUUCCUCAUUUCGUAGUAAAAAUCUUCGUUCAGUACUACAAACCGAACGAUAUUCAAAUUGCAAGAGAAGCAGAGAAAUUCCAAGAUUCGAGGGUGUCUCGACAAGUGCAAAUAGAGAUGAACCCGAUUUCUUGACUCACAAACAACUCGUGGUUAGCUACUAUACAUAUAUAUUGUAUGUAUGUUUUUUUAGCAUCAAUUUCUCCGAUUUUUCCAGGUCGUUUAAUACGUUCAAAAGAUUAGAAAUUAGUAGUGUACUUAGGUAGCAUUCUUUUGCACAUAGGCUGUAAUUGUACAUUAUUGAUUUUUGGAGUACAUAGAAAAUACUUGUGAGAAUAUUA